GCAAGGGUUUUGACCCAACAUACCUGCGAUGGAAAUGACAUGAAGAGUUAGAAAAUCCUUGCAACUCUAGCUAUACUCAUAAUGACCAAGUCGAGGAUGAUAUUCACGACAUCCACAAUCUUGAGGUUGAAAUGGAAGAUGAGUUAGGGGCCACUCAAGAUGUUCCUCCUGAUCAAGUCGUCAUUGAUGAAGAGCGUAAUAUGUAUGAGAGCUUAGUUGCUGCUAAUUACUUGAGGAUCUCUGAUCCAGCCGAUUAUAUAGUGGCACAUGGAUCGGUUUUCCCACGUGCACCGGGAGAUAUGGUGCACGGUGUUCCCCUCCUUCCUCACCAGAGAGUCGUUGCAUGGCGAAAGUCGUUGGUGGGCUUUGGAGAUCCCCCGUUGCACACGGCUCGACAUGGCGACUUCUCAUCAAGCAAAUCCCGACCUAUUCUUGGUGUAUGCCCCACUGCUCCUCCUAGCUCUCCCGUACAGGAUGUUGUUGACCGGAGCUCAUACGUCUCAUUCGGGCUGAGGUGCAGGGAGUUGUGUCAGUGGCUGACACGCACAUCAGAUUUGCCUACCAUCAGCGUCAUUCUCGAUCCUGAGUCUAUGCUCUAUCCGGAGGAGACGGGGUUGAGGAUGCGUCUGGAGAAUAUACGUGACUUCAUGCGAUGGGAGGAGGUCGAUCAGACCAUCAUCAUUGUUUUCUUGAGGUCUUGGAUUGAUGUUCCCGGAGUACCCCAACAAGUAGGGAACGUUGAGUGUGGUUAUUAUACCAUGCGAUUUUGUUGGCUCAUCGUCAGUAUGUGUGCACAAUGUUCUUUACCGUUAUCCUAUGUGUUUCAGUCUACUUCGCCUUAUACUAGAGCCGAAUUAGAAGAGAUUAGAGAGUUUUGGGCUGGGGGUUUUCUCGAUGAACUAGCGUAAGUUUCGUACUGUAUUGUAUAGUAUUAGUUGUAUGGAUAUGUUAGAAGAGUGUAGUUGUUUGACUCUUAGUUGUGGUGUUAAAACUUAGUUUGUACAUGUUGAUUUCAGCAACAGGAAAGAUCACGACUUAUUCGAAUAAACUAAAGAUUAUUCG